AUGAUAAAUAUUAAUAUAGUCUCUUGGAAAUGCCACGGUUAUCAAGCUUAUAAAGAGGAUAUCAAAGCUGUUAUUAACAAGUAUCAACCUGUUUUCUUGGGGAUACAAGAAACAUAUUUGACUCCAUGUGUCUCUCCCAAUCUUAAAAACUAUGUUCUUCAAAGAAAAGAUAAUGAACAAAAUUCUAGAGCAUCUGGUGAAGUUGCAUCGUUAACUACACGUCAUUUGCCAAUCCUGAGGGACACAUUCAAGCUGGAGGACCGGGCGCCGGGCCCGGGCCACAGCGGGGCCCGGAAGCCCAAGAAGCGGACCCCUCGACCGACGCACUCCAUCAGCCGCAUACAGCUAUCCCUACUGAACAGUGGCCUCCUACCCUUGCAUGAGGAUGCGAGGGUCUUGCCUCUCAUCCCCAAAGCGGCCAUCGAAUCGGCAAACUUUCUGAAACAUGUGGCCUUGCUCAGGAAGUACGAGGUCCUGGCUAAGAUAGAAUUCCAGGUAGCAACGAAAGGCGAAAACCACAGCACGCGGCAUGCCACUAAGGAAGCAAAUGAGCUCAAAAACAGCUACAAGAAAAUGAUUCCUUAUGAUUAUAACCGCGUGGUGUUGGAAGCUCUACCCGGAGUGCCAGACUCGGACUACAUUAACGCCUCCCACAUUGAUGGUAUUCUGAAGCCCAACGCUUACAUCGCCGCCCAGGGUCCAAACGAGCACACUCUUGGCGAUUUUUGGCGAUGUGUCUGGGAACAAAACUCGCACGUCAUCGUCAUGCUCACCAAGGUUUUCGACUUUAUUCGGGUGAUGUGCGACAGAUACUGGCCAAUCGAUGUGGACCACCCCGAGUCGUACGGUGGAGACAUCGAAGUGACCCUCCUUUCUGAGACCACUCUCGCCAACUACAACAUACGCACUAUGCAGCUCAAAAAGGGAGAGGAAGUGCGGCAAGUAUCUCACUUGCACUACAUUGCAUGGCCGACCCACACGAAUCCCUUCUCUUGCGCCUUGCUGGAUUUCCGGCGGAGAGUCAAAUCUUAUAUCGCCCUCUACCCCAAUAAUGGACCUCUAAUCGUCCACUGCAGCGACGGUUGCGGACGUACCGGUGCCUACAUCUGUCUGGACUCCAACCUCGACCUGGCAGAAGAGGACGGGGUAUACGACGUUUUCGGCUACACUAAGAGCCUCAGGAAUGCCCGGAGGGGGAUGGUCGAAGAUGUGAACCAAUACAAGUUCAUCUACGAAGCUUUGGAGGAAUCUCUGAUCAGCGGGCAGACGUGGUUCCCGGUCUCGCAGAUCUCUCAGAGGUUGAAGCACAAGUCGCAGAAAAAUCCCAUCACGAGACAGAACGAGUACCAGAGAGAGUAUGAGAAAAUUUCCAAUACGUCUGCCAAAUUCACCAUCGGAGACCGAGCGGGAGGCCACCGGCUUGAGAAUCGAGAUAAGAACAGAACCAUUUCCACCGUUCCUCCUGAUAACUUUAGGCCUUACCUCUCCUCAUUUCAGAGCAACGAUAGUACAGACUACAUCAAUGCAGUAUUUGUAGAUGGCUAUCUUCGUUCUAAGGAGUUCAUCGUGACUGAGUGGCCGAUGCAACACACAGUGCCUGAUUUCUGGUCCCUUGUUUAUGACCACGACUGCAACUCUAUUGUUGUUCUGAGUGACCACCCCCCUUCCAGUAAUUACCCGCAGUUCUACCCCACCGAGAAGGAGAAGUCGAAGAAGUUCGGCCCCGUCUUCACCAUCGAGACCGUAUCCCACAGCACUCUGCCCAAUAUCAAGUCGUGGAUCUUCAGGAUACUGAAGAAGGUCGUGUCGCUGACUGAGCUGAUGUCCGGCGUGAAGGCCGAGCCGAAGACCACGCAGUUAUUCCUGAUCACAUGCUGGCCCCUGGGUCAUAAAGUUCCCACCUCCACCAACUCCCUAGUGGAGCUCAUGAACAUGGUGGAACGAUGGAGGCAGAGGACUUCCUAUGGACCCGUCCUCCUCGUCUCGAGUAACGGCAGAGCCCGGGUGGGUGUAUACUGUGCGGCCAGCAUCGCCAUCGAGCAGGCCAUCGAACACGAAGAGGUGGACGUCUUCACAGCUGUCAAGGUGGUCAGGAGGCACAGGCCACAGCUCGUCGAGAAUAUCACGGAAUACAAGUAUUGUUACGACCUGCUCCUCAACUACAUCAUGAACUACCACCACAAAGAGUAAGAAGAUAUUAUCUGCUGACCAAAGACUCAUCUUUUAACACACCCUGGUGCCUAUGAACAGAACAAAACACGGGGUGGGAGUGCCCUACCCCAUUUUCCGAAUACUCCGAGGGUCCAUCACAUUUGUUAUUCCUGCACUUUUUCUUCCCACCACGUUUCCCACAGGAAGGCUUCCACUUGUUAGCGUGGAGAGUACUUCCGCCGUGAUCACAGAGGAAUGUUUCAUCCGCGCACGAUCCUUGAUUGGCCCGACCACAAGCAAUCACACCCCUCCUCCGAACCAAAUCGGCCAUUAUUUUCGAAUUAAAUUAGGUAUUUCACCUUCUCUUCCUUUGGAAAUCACAUAUCGAUCAAAGACUGCCUUUUUUUUAAGUAGAUUUCUUUAGAAGCCCCGGACCAAAUCACUCCUAGAGAUGUCCCAGAGUUUGUGAGGAAUAACGAAUCUGAUUGACUUCGAUGCGUCAUUUUUGGUGAAUCACUGGCUCAUCGCUUGAAUCUCCAUGGGUAUUCAUUCCAUGCAUUCAAAUGAGAAUAAAAUAAAAAGUUUUCACAGCACGAAAAUCUCCAUCUCGUCAAGCAUCAUUUUUUACUUCCAUAAGCUCUGUCGGGAAAUCAUAGAGUAUGUGAGGUCUUAACUAUGGAAAAUAUAGAACACUCAAGGAUAAGUACAAGAAUAGGAACUAUCAAAGAUGGAUUAAUUAAAAGGCGCACUGACAACUUCAUAAGGUAGGAUCGCCAUUAUGAGGUGAAUUUAAUUCCACUCAUUUUAGAACACAAAAAAAUAAAAAUAACUUUAGGAACUUCAGGAUGACUAAAAUAUCAGCCAUUUCCGGAAAUGAGCUAUUUAAGUGAAAUAAUAAUUUAUAAUCCAUUGCAUGUGCCUUGUAAUAGUAGGAAUUUCUCGUUGUUCACAAAAUGAAUAGUGAUAUUUUUCCAAAAACCCAAAUAUUUUAUAUCACAUGAAAGUGAAAAUCCAUCAUUCUUCCCUUCCCUUUCUGAACCAAAUAUACUCACAGAUUUAUUAUCUUGUAUAAGAAAAAUCCGUUGCUACUAAAAGUAGAUAAAUCCAGAGUGUCCUUGAAAAUUUAGAAGAAGCUCGUCCUUUCUGCAAUCAACAAUAUGAGUCUUUCGCCUUUAAUAGUUUAGAUGAUAAUAAAGGUAGCCCAGAAGAUCCUUUGAUAUGGGAUAUUCUAUCACAAAGUGUGCAAAGAGAGAAUCCUCAUAGAGAUUACGUAAAAAUAACCAGAUAAUGGUAACUCUGCGAUGUAUAAGUUUUCAGAAAAAGACGAAAGAAUAAUAUUAGAUACAUUGAAAUUAAUUUUAUUAGAAACUCUAGCACCAGUACUCGCAUAUCAUAUGAGGCUUACAAAAGAUGGUGAUCAGAAUUGCUACUUCAUAUAUGUAUGCUCUUUUCAUACAGCGACUAGCUACACAUGCUUCAAUACCAUAAUGACCACAAAAGUGAAGGUAACAUGUAUGCUAUAAUUCUCUUUCUGUAGUAAGUUCUUUCAGGGUCCUCUUUGGAAAAUUCCACGCCCUGUCUAACGAGAAAAAUAGGUCUUUGAUAAACUAAUCACAUAAGGAAGAAAUGAGACGAAACAAAAACCCAGCAAUUUUUUUUUCAUAAACUUGAGGAUUAAUUUAUCUUUUUACGGAUUUUUUUUUUAUUCAAUCUAGUUGCAAAUUUUCAUGAUUUAAACUCGCUUUCACUAUUUCAAUAUUCUUUCACCUUUAUACUUCGCAAUUUUCUAUAAAAUUACGCAUAGUAGAGGUAAAAUCUUUUGGCCAUUUAUUAUGUACGCUGAACGAGAAUUCUUGCUUUGUCAUCUGAUACGAUUUUGAAGCAACAUCCAUCCAGUCCAGGACAAUUUCAGAAUGGCCUGCAUAUAAUUCAGAAUCAGCAUAAAAUAAUUAAGUUUCACAAAUUCAUACGUCACCAUUAAGACAACGUCAGAAAAAAAUUUCUAGUAUUCAUACUUGGAGUAUGUCGGAUCUCUAACUGAAGAAAUACCCGAAUGAUCUGCCACUGACUUACUAUUAGGGCUGUCUUAGAAGGUUCACCAAACACCAGUCACAUUACCAAGAUAACAGCCAAUUAUUUUGCCAUUGAAAAAAUUAUAUCCAAACCAAGCUUACGCUAAUGGCAAAUAAGGGAACAAAGUAACGACGAAAUCACUAUCCUUUAGCCCACUCAAGCAUAAAUUUUUCAGCAAUUGCCAAAAAGAUAUUAAUGCCCACUUGCGAAUAGUAUUUUACAAUAUCGAAGAAUAAUUGUUGAUACUUGUACCGAUGUUUUUGUGUAUGUAUAAGAGGUCUAAUUUCCUACAGAUAAUCGUUUCGGAAUUUGAGUGAAUUUGAAUGAAAUGUAUUGACCUUUGGAGGGGUUGGUUCUUGUGUUCGAGUGCAAUCAUCGGCGGGGCACAAGAGUGAGAAAGAAACGCGUGAUACUUCUGGAACACAACGAGGUUACAUCUUCCAGUUCUUAAAACUCUGUGCACGAUGUAGAUAGCGCACGCGCGAUUACCUACUUAGUUUUUUUCUAGGCUGUUUACAAAAGCACUUUUAUAGCCUCUGUAGAUUUUUAAAGAACUCUAUCUUCGCAACAGAUACACUACUAUUUCUGUACGAUUUUCAUCACAUGAUCAUAGGAGUUAGAGAGAUAUUGUAUUUAUUCUCUUGGAAAUAUUAUGGAGAACUUUAAACAGAGCUCGCUUAGAAGUUAUUUACACGAAGUUUUUCACGCCCGUAAUUACAACGAAACAGUAGUACACUGUGUCGUUGGUGAGCACCCCUUUCACAAACGUGUGGAAUCGCCCAUAAAAACGUUACUGUUUCUGAAACAAUAACGUUUCAAAUAAAUAACAUUAACUCUACACAUCGCAGCGAUAUAUAUUUGCAUCACUAAAAUUGUUGCUCCUUUUUCAAUUAAUUUUGAAUAUUUUGUCACUUGUUUGAUUGAAAUAUUUACUUACAAUGUAUUUUUACUUGAAAAAGAAAAAUAUUUUUUGUAAUGAAAUCUUAUUUAAAUUUCAAUUUUAAAAAUUUAAAUCAAAAUUAAUUUUUCUUUUUUCCUUGCCUUGCAUUCUUUCAAAUCUAUUAACUUUUUAAAAAUAGUACAGAAUAGUAAAAAACCCAAAUCCAUAUUUUUUUUCCCUUACACAACAACUUGCAUGUGGCUGAGAGCCAAGACUUUGCCACUUAGCGAAAAUAUUAAUUCUUUUUUAUAAGUAAAAUGUAUUGUACGAAUUGAGAUAUAAACCUCGUUCAAUAUUUAUUAUUAUAUAAGAGUAGUUGGCAGCAACUAAUCAAAAGUUUUAUCCACAACUUUUUUUCUAAAAGUUAGUAUAAGUUAAUUCCAUUUUUAAUUUUGGUAUCAAAAUAGAUAUGAAAUGAAAUAUGACAAAGUACAAUUUUUAUUUGAACUAAAACGUAUUCAAAAAUUAUUCAUUAUUUUCUUUAUAGUGCCAAAUGCUUAGUUUUUAAAGAAAAAAAUUAUUCAUGUUGCAGAAUUUAAAUGUUCAAUUACAAUGAAUGUAAAUGAUAAAAAAGUUUUUAUAAAUACAAACAUAUAUUUUCCAUAUAUUGUACGGCAUUCUUAUAAAUUUCAAAUAAAAUAUAGAGUUCGAGUUUGCGGAAUACUGAACUCUUUUAAAAUUUUGAAUUAAAUAAAUUAAGAGAUUUCUUUAACAAAAUAUAUUUUACCAAACUUUUUUUUAAUUUAGAUUUUAGAAAAAUAUUAUCAGAGUAAACACUUUGAACAUUCUAAGAAAACAUUUUUUUUUUCGUUUAUUCAGAAAAAAGUGUCAGAAUAUUCUUUAAGAAAUCUUUUUUAAAUUAUUUUCUGAAACAAAAGAAUACUCCACCCCUUUAGAAUAAGCUGCAAAUUUUUCAGAAUCGUGUGAGGAAAAAAAAUUGUUUAAUCCAAAAAUUGAAGUGAUUAAAAGAUAUUAUGAAACUAAUAAGAGUUCUUAAAGAUAAUAAUAGUCCUUUUCAAAGACGAAAAUUGAAGGUAGCGUUUCAUCAUUACAAGAAAAAAAAUACAUGAAGUCUUAUCUAUGUUUUGAAAUAACAUUCUACAUUUGGUCUACUUUUAUGUAAAGCAAUAAAUGAUACCAGUCAGCCAGCUAGACCUUGUUUCUGCACAUAGAUUUUAAUAAAGAGCAAUUUUAAAUGUGUUUGAAUGCAUCUUCAACAUCCAAAUUCUAAGUCAGUAUAUUAUUUAUUCUUAAAGAUUUUAUUAGGUGCUACAUAAGAAAAAUGUUAUCAUUUUGUGCUUUAUUAAAUAUAUAUUAUUCAAAAGUUAUUUCUUUCUAUCAUUAUUAACCAAUAAAAUUAUUUAACUAUUAUUUAUCUAUGGCAUGAUUUAUCAUUGAAAUUAUUGAAAUGUUAUAUCCUUAUUGAACCAAUGAAAGUAGUAUCUAUGGCAUGAUUAAUCAUUGAAAUUAUUGAAAUGUUAUAUCCUUAUUGAACCAAUGAAAGUAGUUGAAUGUUAUUUCUUUUACGUUCACAUGUUAAUUCUUUAUAUCAAUAUGAAUCACUGAAAUAAAUCAAAUAUUAUUUCUUUAUCAUUAUAAAUCGCUGGAAUUAAUCGAAUGUCACUUCAUCAUAUCUCUCCGAAUUGUUUGACUUAUUCAAAGAGUAACCUUCCCUCAUAACAAAUAAGCUAUCGAAAUUCUGAAAAUGUUAUAUUUUUGCAGCAUCGAUAAUGCUAUUUUAAGAAAUAAUGCAUCGAUAGUGCUAUUUUCAGAAUUUUCUGUUUUAUGGUAUAGGCUCUCUAAGUUGUAUAUUUUCAUAUAAAAUUGUAGAUAAUAAAUUUCAAAGGAUAUUGUUUCUUUUGUAUGUGAACACGUUCGCGACUAGGGUCUCAAAGAAAAAUCUAUUACCGCAGCUCAAGCAUUUUAUUGUUCGAAUAAAGUACCUGCAAUAACUUAUUGAUCCGAUAUACCAGAUGAUUAGAAUUAAAGUAUACAUGUACAAGAAUGUUGUAGAGAUAAGCCAGUAAUCCUAAGAAAAUCAUUCUCCUUACAGAGUACAGACUUAAAAAGACUUAAGAAAGUUCAGAAGAUGAACGUAAAUGGGAUUUAUAUUUGCAUAAUUUGCAAAAUGUUUAGAGUUAAAGUAUACAUGUUAAGAGCACUGUAAAGAAAAUACUAGCGGUUCUAGGAAUACCCCUUCUCGGUAAUAUCUAUUGCAGAACGUGGAAAAGGAACAACACCAAAAAAGUUCUAAAAAUGAACGAUAAUAUAAAAUAGACGGGAGACUAUAAUAUCUAUAUCAUAUAAUUUAAUUUUUGUUGAUGCAUUUUGAAUAAGAAUAUUAGUCAGAUAUAUAUAUCUUAAGAUAUGCAGAUAUGGUUCUUAUAUUUGACGAAGAAAACACCAAGUUUUUCUUCAAAUUCAGAAGGAUUUUUUCCUUCUUAUUAGACAAUUAAAUUCGUUCAAUGCCAUGAAUGCUUCUUCUAUAGAGUCAAUUAGAUUUCGGUUUUGACAAAAUUUAUUUGCUGUCAAAAAAACAAGUACGUCUUCUGUAAAUUGUCGUCGUUAAAGUUUUCAAUAAUAUGCAAUCAGAAAUUUACGUUAUAGAUUGAAAAAAUUGAUUGCGCCAUUUUUUGAGGUGGUGUCAACUGAAAUGAGAAUGAUGUAAAAUGAUUCUUCAUUCAAAAAAAGUUUGGUCCUCCAUUUAUUAAAUAAAAAAAUUCGUAAAUGUUUAUUAAUGUUUUAUAUUUGUUUUUUGUUUUUUUAAAUCUAUAACGUUAAAAAACUAUUUUUUGGACAAGAAGCAUAUGUUAAUAAAUUCCUUUAAAGUCAAAAAUUCCGAAUAAAAAAAUUAUCUCUUUUAAUAGUAGUUUUUUUUUUUUCGCCAUUCAAUUUUUCUUAUUUCUGAAACUAGAUGUCAUUUGGCUAUCUAAUGUCCACAACCUACUCUGUUUCUUGUGCUCUGAGCAGGUAUGCCUUAAUUUUAAUCAUCUUACAUGUAAAAUACCCAAAUAAAAGUUUUAUCUGAUUUAAUAGAUUCCUUAGAAACAUAAUACUCACGUAAUAAAAUUUAAAUCAAUGAUCGGAAAUCAAUUAUGAAAACAUCUCAUACAUGUAGCUCUAGACGAUGUAAAAAAAACUGGAAUGAAUAUGCGAUCGCAUUCGAUUGGUUGAUAGGGGGUUCAGCUGAUAUAUCCCAUUGUUCCUCCUAAGUUACUUGCACAUUUGUAUUAUAAUCAAAUAAAUAUUAAAUUAUUUAGUACAUUUAGUUACUAUAAAAUUAAAAUUACUAUUAUAAUUGAGCUAUUAAUUUAUUAUAUAAAGUAAUGGAAGUUAGUCAAACGCAAUUGGAAAAACUCGACUGUGAUUUAAUUUGAAGACCAAAGUGUCUUUUACGACCUCUAAUUUCAAAAAUGAAUGUUGAUCAUUGAAAUCACUUGAAAAAAAAAUGUUAAUUAAGAUUUUAAUCAAUGGUUACAUUUUUGAAAAAAAAUAAUCAUUAAUAACUCAAACAAUGUCUUCACAUUUUAUAUAUUUAUGUACUUAGCGAUUAAGGAACACAUCAAAAUAUUAUGAAACCCUGAGAACGAACGUGUUUACAUUUUUAAAAAGAUUUUUUUUUCAAGCAUUGAAACUGAAAAUUUUACAUUUUUUAUUGUUGUUGUUAUUUUAAACAUUUUAUUAGAAUUUAUAAAGAAAGUUAACAAUAGAUUACUUUAUAUCUAAAAUUCUCUAUAUUGAUCGUACAAAAAAAGAUGAAACGGGCGAUUCUGUGUGAAAACUAUCGUUAUAUAAAUUGUUCAUCAGAUCUAGCAAGAUGUCACAAAAGUUAGUCUAUAUUGUGGAAUCUUUAAUCAUUGAAAGGUUUUUAUACAAGAUAUAACAGGGUUCAAUAUGCUUAAAAUAUUUGUAUAUUAAUAUGCAUUUUAUUCAACGAAAUGAUCAAUUUGUUAACAAUCAUACAAAAAUGAAGAAACUCUCUAUUUCUUUUCUUUUGUUUUUAAACAGGGACGAUUUUUUUGUUAAAAGAAAUUUUACUUUCUAAAAUACUACUCGGUGAAGAGUGUAAUUCUACAUUUAUACCAACUCUUAUAUGAAAUAUAAUUUUAAGCCAUUUAUAAUAAUAGUAUAAUCAAUUUUAAUGUUAACAUAAGUACAAUUUAAAAUUGAGUGAAAAUAUAUUGAUAUGUAUUUUUAAAAUCAGUACAUGACUUUUCUUUGUUUUGGCAAAUAAUCUUUUAUUAGCUUCAUUGCGCGAUGGUUAAUGUCAAUUAAAAAGUUGAAGAGUACGAAAAGGAUAAAAUGAAAACACAUGAAAACACACUUUGACUAAUAGGGCUAAAAAUAUUUUUCUGAAUUGUACAAAGUCCAAUUUAUUUGAAUUAGUAAAUAAAAAUUUUGUGCAUUUAUUGUCUAAAAUUAUUAAUUGUAGAUCAUUUAAUAAAUUUUGCAUUAUUUAGUAAUUAAUCCACUUUAUCGGCUUUUGUAUCUCAUCUUCAGCACUUAAAUUGAUCUUAAAAAACACACACAUUUUAGGUUUAUAAAAUCAUUAAAUGUGAUAAUCAAUUACCUUUUUUCCAUUACUAUGUCACGGGUCUUCAAAUUUUUUUCUUCUGUCAGUAAUGCAGUUUACUUAUGGCAGGUACCUAUUUGCGGACAAUUAUUUGUGCAUUAUUCAGAAAUGAGUAUCAAAAUUGAAUAUAAUAAAUCACAAUACCAAAAUAAUAAUUAUUCGUUAUUAUUUUAUUUAUCAUUAAAUUAACUAUCAUUUAUUCUUCUAUCAAUUGAUUGAAUUUCCCACAUAAGUAAAAAGAGUUGAAUUUUACAACACAUACAAAAUACAAUUACUUAAUUCUUUAUUCAUAUUAUAUCUCAUCUAGGACAGCAGAUGUUUCUCAACGAUAGAAUUUAAUUCCUCAUUAUUUUCAGACAUUUUAUUAUUAUUUCUUUUUAUCUGUUUAAAACAGGAACUGUAAAAACAUUUUUAUUUUUAAAUAAGAUAAUUAAAAAUUCUUAUGGUAAAUAAAAGAAAUGAAUAAUAUAUUAGCAAAUUUUAAAAUAUUAGUAUUUGUCAAAAAAUAUUAUGCAUGGAUUUCUUAAUCCUCUGGCUGCGUAAUUCUUUAAAAUUACUAUUUAGAUGCGAUGUUUGCAAAUAAAAUCAAAUAUUUUUCAAAGAAAGUGAACUGAUACUAUAUGCUACACGAUAAUAAUAUAAUACAAUAAAAAUCUGCAAUCGUAAAAAUAAAUACUCUAAACUGGGAAAAACGUGGGAUGCAACAGAAAAUGGACCGAUUGCCAGCCCGCGGAAAUCGUGGCAUACGCAGCUGGAAGGUUAAUUAAAAAUGAAAUAAUGACUUUCUCAUUAUUCUGUAAAAGAAUAUUAUUUUAUACAACUGAAUUAUCUUAAACAACAAAAGAUCGUCCCUGUAUUGAAAACAAAAACACUUUUUGGAUUUUAAAUAAUUUGUUAUAAUUCUUAUUCUCUCUUAUAUUUUUCGAAAAUGUCAUUAUUGUUCUGUCGAACUUCAAGUCUUUUCUAAACGAUCUCUGCUGCUUAAAAACACAGAUUAUAUAAAUAAAAAUAAACCAGAUAUAUUGCUUAUACCUGUACAAGAACACAAAACUAUGUAUUUUAAAUGAAAAUGUAAGAUUAUAUAUUUUGUAGAAAAAGAAUAUAUUCAUAUUGAAUAUGUUUCGCUGGAUUGGGUAAGUUCUAUAUAACUUUGACCAUUACAAUUUCAGACGACCUUUUUAAAUCUAAAAAGAACUGUUACAGAAUUUUUGAAUACGAAGACUCUUGUAAUGGGAACUUUUGAAUGCACUAGAUGUAAAUAUGCCAUUACUUUUGAAGUUUGGAUAGUUUUAUGUCAAUAAAAGAA